CAUAUGGGUUUGAAAGGCAAGUUGGUUGUUUCAAUGGAGGUGAAAUGUGGAGGACACUUAUUCCAUGAUCUUUGUCAAACCAAACCUCAUCAUCUAUCAAACAUAAGCCCCAAUAACGUCACAGGUUUUGAUCUUCAUGAAGGUGAAAUUGGAGAGGUUGGUUCUGUAGUUACCUGGAAAUAUAAGGAGGAUGGAAAUGCGAAGAUUGCUAAGUGUGUCGUCAUUGAAGUUAUUGAUGAUGAAAAGAAAUCAAGCACAUGGAAAUUGAUAGGAGGAGACCUCCUGGAAGCGUAUAACGCUUUCAUUGUUAACAUAUCCUGCUAUCAGCACUAUAUUACAUGGACACUUGAGUACGAGAAGAAGACUGAAGACACUCCAGAGCCUAUAACUUUCUUGGGAUAUGUCACGGGUCUGAUCAAGGAUGUAGAGGAUCAUCAUGUCAAGAAAUAGAAGAACCCAUGCCAUUUGAUAUGGUUGAUCAUAUAUAAUAUGUGUGUGUGUUUGUGUCAUGAGCAUUGGACAAUAUUGGCUCGUACCUGAAUGUGAA